AUGGCGCGGGUUCUCUCAGCGGGAGCGUUGCGACAUUACAAGACAUGGGCCGACAUUUGCUCUAUGAGGAAACCCCGCGGGCGGGCCCAUCUUUCUCUAGGCUACGAGGAUCACUGUCUGGACAUGCCUAUUUUCCCACGGUGUUACGCGGACGGUUCGGUCGAUGAAAGGUUGACCUCGAAGUCUCUGGCCGAUCACGCGCUGCCAGACGCGGGUUACCGGACAGGCUUUCGCGAAAGCCUCACGUUUCACGCUUCCCGUCGAGAGGCUCUGUUCAAAGUGGACAAUUAUGGAUAUUCCAUCAAUGAACGUAUGCGAUUCGGCGCACACCGCCAUCAAGGCACCUACCCGGCAGCGUACCAAUCGACGAUCAGCACGGUUGACGGCCAGGCCACUUUUUUCGAACUUGAGCGUCAAAACCAACGGCUCCAUGAGCUCUUCCGCGGGUACUCUUUGCAUCGAAACUACAACCAUUGGCCGACUUUGCCUGAAUAUCGAAGGCAGCAACUUGAAGAGUCUGGGCCGGCUGUGGCUGACGAGAAAGCAGUUCCGCCCGUGGACGAACGCGGAUGGGACAUGAAAAAGCGACAGAGACUCUACGAUCAGAAACGCCAGACACGCGAACGGGCUCUGAGGAGUCACCAGACCUGUCCACCUGCAGGGUUCAUGAUAUCUGAUGAUUUUCCGUACGAGUCGGACUUUGUCUACACGAGGAAGUUGAUGCCUGAGCGGGACCGGCUGGCCGAGAAUUUAUUCAAGGAAGGAAGUCUCCGUGACCCGGUCGGGAUGAUGAUCAUGGACGAUCUGGUCCGACUGCUCCAGACGAAGAAGUCGCAAACGUACUGCCGGGGGCUCAACGGCUCUUUCGACGUAUGCGAUACUUGCCAUCAACAACGCAUUGGGUCUAACCGAUCUACAUGGUGGUCACACGUGUAUCGAUGCCGAAAAGCGGCGGCCAAGAAAGUCGGGCAAUUUCAAGAAUUCUGUUUCCCAUGCUCCAGGUGGUUCAGCAGUCUGGCCUCUUGGAAGCAUCACGCGGCUGAACAUCUCCAACCCAGUGAGGAAAUGCGUCUCCUGCCGCUGAAAUGUAACAUCGCGCAAUUUCGCCAUACCCUCCUGCGGCCGGGAUUCUGCCCAGAAUGCCUUGGGGGCAAGACUGCCGACCCCGAGGUCCGGUUCCGACAGUACACGAACGUGAGCGAGUGGAAAAUGCACGUUCGUCAUCACAUGAGCCUCCGCGAGCGUGGGCGGUGGGCUUGUUCCCAUCCACGCUGCGCAAAUCUUGCGGCACAGACGACUUUGGAGGAGCUCUUUGAACACCUCGCAGACAUCCACCAGAUUCCUUUCACUGUCGCAGAAAGAGCGCAGGUGAAACGAGACGAAUCGACUCACGAAGAAGGACAGAAGAAGCGAAUAUAUCGGUAUGUUCCCAAAACGCAAAGUACAACCCGCCCGAAGGGAGAUGAUGGCUUUAUACACCGAACCUCAGCCUCAAUGAAGCAACAACUUGAGGCUCAGAUCACUCGGAGAUCGACCUUCGAAUUGAAAAUUCCACGCAAUAUAGCCCCGCCUUUAGAGGUGACACAAGGGAAGCGACUCGAAGCACGCGACUCCGACGAGGAAGAUUCGGUGGGAGCAAGGAUGGCAAACUAUAGCGAGAUGCCCGUCAUAGAUGAUAGUCCUCCUCCACAGGCGACGCGACACUCGGAGGUCAUGUCUAAAGACACACAUGCACCCCGCGAUUGUCCAGAAGCGGGAUUGAAUUGCCGAGAUGAUGUUUCCUCGCGCGGCUCGUGCCACACCAUGCCACCUCGAGCAGAAAGUGAUAACACGGAGGGGCAAACACUUGACGCUGUCGUAGUCCCCCUCCAACCCGCUCCAGCAGGAGGAAAGAAAAGACAGGUCUUGGACUCCUCCUCGGCUUUUGGCAGAAAGAAAGCGAAGUCUCUUGAGCUCUUAGAGACGUCAUGCCGUAAGCGGCAGGUCAACAUUACCGUCGAGAUUCCGCCCCUGCCGGUCGAUUGGUGGACCUCGAAAGAAAAGGGACAUAAUUCUCCCUCGGUGGCCAAAGGACAUUCCUUGACCCGGCGUACACGGGGAGGAGUAGUGAUGCCGUUGCCGAAGAAGCAUCCGUCCAAGAAGCGGACCAAAACACAACCUACUCAGAGGCCAAGAGGGAGGCCAAGAGGAAGGCCGAGAGAAAAAAUUCGCUGCGUUCGGGACCUUCCCCAGCCUUGUCAACCUCCUUCUGUCGACGAUCAUUGUCUGAGCCCGGUACGCUUCCGAAAACGAGCCCGAGAAGCUGCCAAUGUAAUUCUGAGCCAUCAGCCUGAUCAGGACGAAUCCGCAAGUUCUACGAUGACCCGAGAGUGGAAUAUCUCUGACCAAGAUGGGAUUUCGAGACCAACUUCGGAGCAUGCCUCACUAUCGAUUCCCUCCGGGGGCAUGUCAUCUAUCUACGUCGGCCUUCGAACGAAGAUUCCCACCACGAAUCCAACAGUUUCCCCUCGAGUGCUAUCAAUUCUCGGCUCACCCGAUCCUCUGACCGAACGCUGCUGGGACCGCCCUGUCCGCCAAUGGCCAGAAGAUUCGCCCACUUCUCCUCUCGACGAAGGGGAGUUCCAGCACGAUCCGCGGGUGAUCCCACAUGAGCAACUUCGGCAGAUGAACGCUCAUGAUGAUUGCUUGUUCUCUCAAAUCUCUCCUGAAUUUGCUCCAGCCAUCUCUUGUACCAGUUUUCCCACGUUUCCCAUUCCUAGUGCUGGUGCUGGUGAGACGACAGGCGUGGAAGCAUUCCCGGAACUUCCCGCCCCAUUAGCAGACACCUAUGAUUUCGAUCGGUAUCUUCGCUCUCCUUCUCCGCCAUGUGUAUCAAUCUCGGAAGAUGGGCACAAUGCGUCUCACGGACGAACGCCGAUUGAUACUGCAAAAGACCUAUGCAGUAAUAUUGUAUCGCAGAAAUACCAUCAACCAAAAAACAGCGAAGGCUCAACUCUGAAGCAUAUGUGA